AUGUCAUCCACGAAAAAUUUGCCCGCAUUACAAGUUGAGGACACGGAAGGACCAAAGUCUCAACAACAGAAUCGACCGAGUAGAGUCGCACGUCUUUCGUCCACGGCUUCUUCGUCGAAUAUCUUUCGAAGUCUAUCUGGUGUUUAUCCUUCCACAACCUAUCUAGAUGUCGCCUCCACUGCCGGUAUCCAGGUAUGUCACAAUGUUACCAUAAAGUAA